AUGUUUCCGACCGGUGAACAGAUAUCGUUUGAUUUGGCUGUUCAAGAUCCAUCAACAAUGACACCUUCACCAGUUUCAAGAGAUAGAGGAGGGAUUUCUCAGGCUGAGUUCAAUGGCUUGAAUCUGAUCUUGAAGCCAUCGGUAACAAAUUCAAACAGCACAAGGACAAUCUCAAUUCUUAUGAGCAAACUUCAUUCGUCCGCCACUCCUAUAAGCGAAAACCGUGAUACCAAUCUCCAUGAAACAUCAGCUGCUCGAGUUUUAGGUCUGGUUGAAUCUCGUCAUGGCGCGCAGGCUUCUCGGUUGAAUAUGACAAAAGCUGUUGUUGGCAUUGUAGCCAAACUUGGGAAGAUUAAUGAUCAAAAGCUUAGCCAAUGGUGUUUGCCCUUUAUUGAAGAAACUUCUGCUGAUGAUUGUUGUGAUAGUGUAAUGGCUGCUGGUAAGAGGUCUGGGAUCUUCAAAAUAUUAGAAACUGCCAAACCUCCUGUCAAGCGAUCUUGA